UUUGGUAAUGCUUGUCUCAAUUGCGUGCUGUUGCUGUUGCUGCUGCACUGCUCGAAAUUGUAUAUUGUGGAGAUGGAUUAACUUUGUUGUUAUCUUGCAGGGCAUGGCAUUUUAUGAUUAAUUCGUGUUGUUACAGCUGCUGAAGAGCUAAGCCCCCUCCUCACCACGAAUUAAUCAUAAAAUGCCAUGCCCUGCAAGAUGACAACAAUUUUACUCCUAACUACUUCAGUUUCCCUCUUCUUCUUCACUAUCUCUUUCAUCUGUGGGUUUUCGCUGUUCAUCUCGAUUUUAGGAUAUGGCACAUGUAGAACCUGAGAAUAUGGAGAUGAACUUGUAUCAAGUGAAUAGUGCUGUGAGGAGACCUCGUAUCCUGCUCGCUGCCAGUGGAAGUGUGGCUGCAAUAAAAUUUGCUAAUCUUUGUCAUUGUUUCUCCGAGUGGGCGGAAGUGAAAGCUGUUGCUACCCAGGCAUCUCUCCAUUUCGUAGACAGGAUAGCUCUUCCCAAGGAUGUAAUACUUUACACUGAUGAGGAUGAAUGGUCGAGUUGGAAAAAAAUAGGUGAUAAUGUGCUCCAUAUUGAGUUGCGUAAAUGGGCUGAUAUCAUGGUCAUCGCACCUUUGUCUGCUAAUACACUUGCCAAGAUUGCCGGAGGUUUAUGUGAUAACUUACUGACCUGCAUUGUACGGGCAUGGGACUACAGCAAGCCAAUGUUUGUAGCGCCAGCCAUGAAUACCCUCAUGUGGAACAACCCUUUCACUGAACGCCAUCUCAUGGGGAUCGAUGAUCUUGGAAUCUCACUUAUCCCCCCAGUGAAGAAGAGGCUGGCCUGUGGAGACUAUGGAAACGGUGCAAUGGCUGAACCUUCCCUAAUAUACUCGACUGUAAGACUUUUCUUUGAGACUCGAGAACAAUCAAGUGGUGGCAAUGUUUAGUCUGAUAUGUUGCAAGCUUCUCAUCCAUUUCAUGGGGGAAAUAGCAUGUCUCAGGUUUGUUACUCGAACAAUCUCUUACUUGUAGUGUGGUUGUGAAAACUGCAAUCUGCUGUUAGAAAUUUUACUGUUUGCAAUUCGAAAUCGUGUGCUCUUGUGUUAGAGUGUUAGCAAUUUUACUGUUUGCAAUUCGAAAUCGUGUGCUCGUGUGCUGUUAGAGUGUUUUCCACAUGCAACAGUUGGAGAGAUUUAGAUUUGUAUUGUCUAGGCAUAGGCCAUAGAUUGAUUAUAUGUGAUUUUUUUUCCUAGUAUGAGAUGCAUAUUCAUCCAUUGUUGUCAUGCAGUUUGCAUAAAAAUUGUUCAUUUAAGGGUUGCGUCUAAAUACGCAAACUUUCAUUCAA